AAUUACUGUAAAAAAAUGUGAAUUGUGUUUUUAUUUUUGUCCUUAAAAUAAUAAAAUAAAAAUAUUCUGGUAUAAUUGUCUGAUUAUACUCUAGUACAUAAAAUAAAAUAAAUUUAUAAAUAUGUCUGCACUACAGAAAAGCAUAAUGAAGAGUAAAUUGCCGCCCCGUUGUCCAAAAUCAGCAAGUGGAAAACUGGCACCAUUUGGAAUGGCCCGUCGCAAGGAUUACAGCCCUAUACCGUGGCAGCAGUACUUUGAGAAGUAUGUAGAUGUGGAGACGGAAAGCGGAAGUUUCAGGGUGUAUUUGUCACCAGAGCCUGACCACUCAAGCAGGCCUCGGUUGGUGACAUUGCAUGGUGGAGGGUAUUCUGGAUUGAGCUGGGCGCUUUUCACGGAAGAAAUAACGAACAUGAUCCACUGCCAAGUUAUAUCUAUGGACAUCAGAGGGCACGGAGAGACACAAGCUGACAACCCUGACGAUCUCAGCGCUGAUACUUUAGUAAAGGACGUAGAACAAGUUCUACACAAGCUGUUUGGUGAAGAGUUACCCCCCAUAGUCCUUGUUGGGCACUCCAUGGGUGGCGCUGUGGCGGUCCGAGCGGCAUUACUGCCGUCAUUGGAGCCCUACGUCCACGGUAUCGCCGUCAUCGACGUCGUUGAAGGCACGGCGAUGGACGCGCUGGCCAGCAUGCAGAGCUUCCUCCGCGGCCGCCCCACGCACUUCCGCAGCAUCGAGCACGCCGUCGAGUGGUGCGUCCGAAGCGGCCAGGUCAGGAACGUAGAUUCUGCCAAGGUGUCUAUGCCUAGCCAAAUCGUCAACGUUGAGACGAAUCGCCUCGCCACUAACGAGCUGGCCACGCGCACGCCGGAGGAGCCGCAGGCGCCGGCGCCGAUGGCGCUCGCGCCGGCCGCCGACUGCAUCGCCGAGGAGCCCGAGGACGCCGACGCCGACGCCGACGCCGACUUCACGCCGCCGCCCGCCGCGCCGCCCACGCGCGGCGAUGGCGACACUAAUAUGAGAUACAAAUGGCGCAUCGACCUGUCGAAGACGGAGCGCUACUGGUCGGGCUGGUUCCAGGGGCUGUCGGCGCGCUUCCUGUCCGUGCGAGCCCCGCGACUGCUGCUGCUGGCUUCUAUCGAGGGCCUGGACCGGGAGCUCACUAUCGGGCAGAUGCAAGGCAAGUUCCAGAUGCAGGUGUUGACACGGUGCGGACACGCCGUGCACGAGGACACUCCUGGAGAGGUGGCGCGCGUGGUGGCCGCGUUCCUGCUGCGGCACCGCGUCACGGAGGCCACCGAGGCCGGCGAGCGCAUGCAGCUGGCCUCCACGCCCGGCUGCUAGGCCUCCAGGCCUCGACAACUGAGCGGCCAAACCACCACUCGACUUUACACGUGGGGAUCUUUUGCUCACUCUGUACUAUUUAAAUUAUUUCAUCUAAGAUAUUAAAAAAAUAGUAACAUAAACUUGUCAUCGGGCAACCUACUCCAAUUUAGAUUCCUAAAAUCAGUCAGAAUUUAUUUCAAAAUUGCCGAGUUGAAUUUAGUGGGGCCAAAAUUAAUUCCGUUUGUUGCAAGUACAAAAUGGCGACGUUAUUUAACAGCUGUAGAUAAUCAUAAAAAGAAAACACAUAAACUAAUCCGCCUAGAAAUUAAUUUUCGACGUAUCAAUCCUUUUUAACGCAACAUCACUCUGGAGUAAGUAAUAAUCAUAACCCUAAUUAACUUUGCAUAAUAUAUUUAUUAGCGCUGUCGGCAGUAAUUCUUCGGAGGGUUAUCAAACCCAUUUUAAGGACCCAUUAAGAUGCUUCCGACAAUUAACAAGGUUUGAUGCAAUAGAUCUUUAUGACCACCGUUCACUAAAAGAGUUUCAGCUUUUACCUUCCACUGCCAACGGACUUCGCGGAGCGAGCGAGGAGGGAAAUGAGAGCGGAGUCCGUUCAAAACUAGCGUGAGCCAUUAUGACACAACGGACCUAUUUUUACUCGCUCUGUCCGCUCCGCUAACUCGCUCAUGAAAGUUCUCGUACGAAAAUCAGUGUUGUUAGUCGAGCGGAGUCGAAUGACUCUGAACCUGUUUAAUCCGCUUCGAUCACUCUUAUUCAAUAGAAGCGCAUCUAUGCGAGGUAAAUGGAGCCCGUUCCUUUAAUUAAUUAAUAUUUUUUAUUGACCGUUAAGUAUUAGAAUUGAAAGGCCGAAUGGUAUAUUAUUGAAAAGUCUGAUUGACUUAAGAAACAGCCUCAUUUCAUUAGUGUUCUUUAACUAAAUACGUAAGUAACGUAAAGGGGUAUUGCUUCAAAUACCUAACAGUAAAUUUUACGUAGGCAAUCUAUUCUAGCGCAAUACUUACGAAAAAAAGGAAAUAUCAGUUCGUGUAUGUACAAGUAUAUAGCCCAGUCACAAAAUUUUUAAAUAAACGAAAAUUAUUUAAUGCGUUCAGAGUCCGUGUCCCGCUGAUGGGUCACAAAGAUACGACCAGGUACGCACUUAGAUUAAUAUAACCAUACUGCGAGUUAAAUGAGAUAAUAUAGGGAUAAUUCUUAUAUAAUAUGGCUAGUUAGACAACAGCAUACAGAAAUAUAAAUUUAUUGUUGUAAUUCGAGCGCGUGCUUUGCUUUUUUUCUUAGUGACCCAUAUGUGGAGCAUGGACGUGUGAUUGAAGUAAUUUGCUAGGACGUACGAGGAAAUGCAUACAUGUAGUAUGGGGACUGUGAAUGUGUUAAAAUAAAAAUCUAUAUUUUAUUCUGAACAUAAAUGGAAUUUCUCGCUAUCAUUAUUAAUUUAUUUACUGCAAGUACUUAAAGUAUGGAUUUAUUCUGAUUUCUUCUUCCACGACGUAGCGUCCAAAAUAAUUUCAUAGUAUUUAUUGAGAUUUUUUAAACAUAUAGCUAUUUAUAAAAUACUUUAGAAGAACAAUAAGUUAUCUUUAUAUAAGUGACCAGAUAUGAAAUUUCUGUAAUAAAUCGAUUUUUUUUUCGCUUUAUUUUCUAUUUAAUUUAUCGUUUAUUCAUCAAUAUUCGCUUGUCCGUGCCCCAUUCACUUAGGGUCGACGCAGCAUGAUUUCUUCCAUACCUAUUCCUCCGUUUAAUUUAUAUUUCAUUGAUGUAAUAUGUAAUAUAGUAUGCGAAACACUGAUACAAUAAAUGAACGUUGUAAAUAA